AAUUAUAUGCUUAUUAGUUAGGUACAAUACAUUAAGCAUUAGUAGUACAUGAACGUCCAUUGUAACGUGUUAUAAUAAUUCAGUGGAAAUAUCAAAUAUGAUUUUCACGUCUAAAAUAAAAAUGGCCAAAUUUGUUCUCGCGGUUAUAGUAGUCAUAUCAUUAUUCGGGUCGACCACAAAAGCCGGUCUUGCACAACGUGAUGAACCAAUGACUAUCGUUGUAGAUUUGGACAAUAGUUACCCGAGAGAUGAAAUAAAAUAUUUACAAGAAAAUGACGAUUUAACAGAUAAUAUGCCAAAGGAUGAGCCGUUUGUGAACGACGCUUCGGUGACGACUAUGCCGGAAGAGCAUAAUAUGAAGAGGAGCGCCACCAAAACUCCUUCCGUACCGACGAACGAUGACCAGGCGACAAAAUCCACGACUAGGACCACGACAAUGAAUACAAGGACAACGACAAGUACGACAAAUUCGACCACCGUCACGUCUACAUCGACGCCGACGACGAUGUCUUCAACAACCACAACUGCGUUGACGAUUUCGUCUACGUCAACAAUGUCUGGCACUAGACAUUAAAUUUUGAAUUUUGUUUUUUAUUUCAUUAUCGACAACCCUGAGUAAACUGUGUAACUAUUAAAUAUUGUUUAAAAAU